GGCAGGCGUGGACACACCGAAGGUGAACUACUUGAACAAUCUCACGAGAAAAUAUGAGAUUUUACUGAUUAUUGUUUACAUUGCAAAAAAAAAACAUGAAAACCGAACCGAAUCGAUCCGGAUUUAACUGAAACGCCCGCAAGCAAGAGAACUUCCGAAACAGAUUCUCCCGCGGCGGCGAGGAAGAAGAUCGAGGCAACUUUGUUGGGACCGAAGACCCGAAAUCCAUCUCAUCGCGGGGGAGAAAAGAUAGAGGGGCAAUUGACGGCAGCUUAAGGACAUCAUUUAUACCUGCUGGAAAAAAAGGGGGAGCCUCGAGAGUCGCCAUUGUGACUAUUAGACAGAAAAAUACUAUGGUCCUCGUGUGGAUGGAUAUGAUGGGGAUCCCCGCAUAAGGAGAAGAAAGGCGGGUUUUGGGAUACCCGGAGUCGUAGAGGCCUCUGAGGGAAUCCUCCGCUCUCUACCACGACUUCAACCCCGCACGCUCUCGCGUUAGCUCCGGGACGACCACGACGCGAGGGCCGCGGCUGUGAAUGCGGCCUAGCCUGGGAGGGUCUGUCGAACACCGGGGAAACAACGGCGACGUUUUCUGGACUUACCACAGGCCCCUGGAGGACCGCAAACACGCUGAAAUACACGAUGAUGGAAGAACUGCAUAGCCUGGACCCCCGGCGACAGGAGCUGUUGGAGGCUCGUUUCACUGGGGUCGGUGUGGCAAAGGGAUCGGGCCAGAAUCAGAAUGAAUCAUCAAACCAGAGUCUAUGCAGUGUUGGCUCUCUCAGCGACAAAGAACUAGAGACUCCUGAGAAGAAGGCGAAUGACCAGAGAGCUAGAAAGCGGAAAGCAGAACACUUUGACAGCAGCCAAGGCAAAGCUGGAACACGAGGGCAUAAAAUUAGUGACUAUUUUGAGUUUGCGGGAGGUAGCGGCCCUGGUACCAGCCCUGCUCGAGGGAUUCCACCAGUGGUCCGCUCUUCCCCACAGCACUCUCUCUCCAACCCACCUGUCACGGUCCAGCAGGGAAGCCCAUCAUCUGUCAGCUCAGCCAACACAGAGCACUCGACUUGUUCACUGAAGCCUGCAGCUAUUCAUAUGCUCCAUAAGGCCACGCAAUCUGACCUUACAAUAGAGAAACUAACAGCAAUGGAGAACAACAAGAAUUCUGACCUGGAGAAGAAGGAGGGCCGAAUAGACGAUUUGCUGCGGGCGAAUUGUGAUCUGAGGCGACAGAUUGAUGAACAGCAGCGGAUGCUGGAGCGGUACAAAGAACGGCUGAAUAAGUGUGUGACCAUGUCCAAGAAACUGCUAAUUGAAAAGUCCAAACAGGAGAAGAUGGCUUGUAGAGACAAAAGUAUGCAGGACAGACUCAGACUGGGCCACUUCACCACAGUGAGACAUGGAGCAUCUUUCACGGAGCAGUGGACAGACGGAUACGCUUUCCAGAACUUGAUCAAGCAACAAGAAAGAAUCAACUCGCAGCGAGAGGAUAUCGAGCGACAAAGGAAGCUGCUGGCCAAACGAAAGCCGCCCUCCAUGGCUCAGACGCCUCCCCCAAGUCUGGAGCAAAACAAACGGAAAAGCAAAGCCAACGGAGCUGAGAGUGAAGCGUUAUCACAGGCAGAAUAUCAUGAACAGGAAGAGAUCUUCAAGCUGAGACUCUGUCAUCUAAAGAAGGAGGAGGCCGAGAUCCAGGCAGAGCUGGAAAGGUUGGAGCGGGUUCGGAAUCUGCACAUCCGAGAGCUGAAAAGAAUCCAUAACGAGGAUAAUUCACAGUUUAAAGAUCACCCCACGCUAAAUGACCGAUAUCUGCUACUCCAUUUACUUGGACGAGGAGGGUUCAGUGAAGUUUAUAAGGCCUUUGACUUAACAGAGCAAAGAUAUGUGGCGGUCAAGAUCCAUCAAUUAAACAAAAACUGGCGGGAUGAGAAGAAGGAGAAUUACCACAAACAUGCCUGCAGAGAGUAUAGAAUCCACAAAGAGCUGGACCAUCCGCGAAUAGUUAAACUCUAUGACUACUUCUCGCUCGACACUGACUCGUUCUGUACGGUGCUGGAGUACUGCGAGGGCAACGACUUGGACUUCUACCUGAAGCAGCACAAGCUCAUGUCGGAGAAGGAGGGUCGCUCCAUCAUCAUGCAGAUUGUCAACGCCCUCAAGUACCUCAACGAGAUCAGACCACCCAUCAUUCACUAUGACCUUAAACCUGGGAACAUCCUUCUAGUGAACGGAACGGCUUGUGGAGAGAUUAAGAUCACAGAUUUUGGGCUGUCAAAAAUCAUGGAUGAUGACAGCUACAACUCGGUGGAUGGGAUGGAGCUGACAUCGCAGGGAGCUGGGACCUACUGGUACCUGCCCCCCGAGUGUUUUGUGGUUGGGAAAGAGCCCCCCAAAAUCUCAAACAAGGUGGAUGUGUGGUCUGUGGGAGUUAUUUUCUACCAGUGUUUGUACGGUCGCAAGCCCUUCGGCCAUAACCAGUCACAGCAGGACAUCCUGCAGGAGAACACCAUUCUAAAGGCCACGGACGUGCAGUUUCCCCCAAAACCUGUUGUCACACCAGAAGCUAAGGCAUUCAUAAGGCGCUGUCUUGUCUACCGGAAGGAGGACCGCAUCGAUGUGCACCAGCUGGCCAGCGACCCUUUCCUCAUGCCACACAUCCGCAAGUCGGUGGGCUCCUCAGGCAGCUCGAGCAUGGCUGUGGCCUCCACAUCUAGCUCCUCCAACAGCAGCGCCUCGAAUUGAGACUCUCCAAAGACUUGACUGGCACGUAUAUAAAAGUGUGGGAUGGAGUGGGGCACGGGGGGGUGAUGCCACAUAUUCACCCCCCCCACCUCUGGAGAAAAAAGGCAUCCCACCUUGCCAUGAAUUUGAAAGAAUUUCGCCCAACGAUGGCUCGAAGUGGAGGCGACGCCCUCUGGUGUCCACUCAGACUAGCCUGCUGCUCUGUCCACUCGGUGGCAUCUGCGGUUCUGGGGGUCAAAGCCCUGGAGGCAGUUACGGUUUGGCACAGUGGUGACGCGGGGUUCUGUGUUUGGGAUUGUUCAAAAACAUAACACACAAACUGCAGUGCGACACUGCUUUCGCUUGGCUCGGAUAGACUGACGGCCUCUUCCAGACACACAAACGCAUGCACGAGCCAUUCCAAUGGUGGAGAGCCCGACACCCCCUUCCCUGCUCUAACAUUCAGUUUCUUUCCCAAACCAGCGGGGCCUGUUUAUUGCAUCCAAUCCUCCUAUCUGUAAGCGGCAGCUCCACUUAAAUCAUACACCUAGACUGUGUGUAAUGGGGAGAAAACCCCCAUCCACUUCCUCCUACGCCCCCUCCCGCUCUCCCUCCCUGCUUUUCUCCGUCAAACUCCUGUGACCAAAGCUUUUAACUUCCAGCUGAUGGCGCUGUUCCACCUUUUUUUUUCUUCUAAAGAACGCUUUUGCAGUUAGUUGACGUGGAGUGGAAGCAGAUUAGGAACCCUUUUACUUUUUUAGACGGUAAAAAAAACCUCCCUUUUAACAAGUUUUACAAAGAAAGCUGUUUUUUUUUUUUUUUUCAAGUUGCCUUUAAUUGAAAUUGUUACUGCUUUUAUUGCCCCUCCUCCCCCGCACACCUUCCCUUGACCCACCAACAAACACACAUAUUUAUUUAGGUAUGUUUGAAUUUAUUUUUGGCCAAUGACAUGCGAGGGACUGGUUCACGAAAACUGUUCGGGGGGGGGGAAGAGUUGGGCCUUAGCAGGAAGUUGCAGAAACCAUUAAAUACUAUUGGUUCCAAUGUGUCCUGGUCUCCUCUGUUACUCUUUAGAGUUGCAUCAUGAGUGGGAACUUGGAUCAUCAUAAGCUCCUUCUAGUCUUCAGAAAUGUGUUGUUUUUCCAGCAAGUGAAACUCAUUCAACCCUAGUUUUUCAGGCCUAUGUCCACACAAAUAAAGGUGAGGCUAGUCAAGUGAAAGCAGGUCCCUGAACCUCUAAAAUACUCCUCAGUGAAGCUGCUUUUCCCAUCAAAACAUUUGGUCAGAAUGGUGUGUCCAACACGUGUGAAACAACAUACGUGUGAUACUAAUAACUGCAUUCUAAUGCCCUUUGUCCUAUAUUUAAUGUGAUGAUUGUUCUCGUCUGCUUUUUUUCCAUGUGUCCUUCGAUUGGCUCUGUUUCACUGGCAGUUGUUCACUUGCAUCAGAUUUCUGGGAAACGCACCGUCAUUUAGCGAGAGCAGAGUUGGAGUGGAAAGUAGAUCGGCUCUGUCUGAGGUUAUUAUUCCACUGCUGUAAACGCCACCACUGGAGAUGCGCUCCAGAAGGUGGAUGGAUCUGAGUGGCGAUGCUGUUGCCACUGUGUUAGUAUGGGUUUUUUUAUCCUUAAUUCAUAUUUUGUGUUGAAGAUCCCAAGUUAAACCAGCAAAUGUCUGAGAUGAGAUGACCUGAAGUCCGGAACUGAUAAACAACAUGAGGUGGUACGCUGGUCUGGAGUCCAUAUGGACUAUGGCCAAAGUUCAUUCUUGCACAUACCAUCGAAAUCAAAGGGGAUCACCUUCCUUUGAUUCACUAUUUGGUCUGAAGAAGUCGGAUCAAUGCCUGGGUGCGAU